AUGGCUAGUGAGGAGAAUUUUUUAGUGUUGGUGCAUUAUAGAGGGUCAAUUAAGAAAAGAACACGUUCUGGUAUUAAGUUUACGGAUAAGGAUCCCCUCAGUAUUUUUCUGAAACCUACAACGAGCUUCGCUGACUUCCUAAAUUCUAUAAUACAGAAACUGGGGUUGCAAGGCGUGAAAUGGGUUGAGAAGUUAUUUUAUCACAUUCUAAUCUCAGUUCUACGACAUGAUGUGAAAUACGAUUUGUUUGUCAUACGGAGUGAUGAGGAUUUGGAGGUUCUGUUCCAUUGUCGUCGGCAGUUUUCCAAGGUCAGGACACCUGAGCUGUUAGCAAAGCUUGUAGAUGUGGUCUCCAGCUCAGGUGGUUCGAACCAGAAUUCCCAAACUCCAACAACGGCAGCCUGUUCUAGUUCGAGACCCGUUUGUGCAUCUUCAUCCGUGCCUGUUAUUGCACCUCAGGAAAUGGUGGUUUCCUCCCCGUCCUUUGCAGUUGAUCUCGACCGCAAUGGUAACGGAGAAGUUGGUAUUAUUGAUAAGACGCCAAUUUCAUUACAGCGUGGGACACCGGAUCGUAUAGACGAUGCGUUGCCGGAUGAUGAUGACGCUAAUGAUGUGGAGCCAGACAUCAUUGCCAAUGAUAGCGGUGAUGACAUAACAGAGGGGGUUCUUGGCAAACCUGUUGGAUUUGGUGCCAAAGAUACUCAGGAUACCGGAGGUCUAUCAGAGUUUCAGGUUGGUCAGCCAGUUUCAGAACAAAGAGGAGGCCGUGUUACGUGUGAAGACAUAUAG